AUGGGCCCACGCAACGGGUGCCACUCAACUUCAAAGACGCUUAGGCCGCAAUUGGCGCUCUCGACACAAUCGACAUGGGGAGCCGGUGCCGUCAACACAGCAUUCAUCACCAGGAGAGGCUUCGCCGACCCCGUUUCCCUGGGGCCAUGGGCUGCCACGCUUCCUAAUCCGGUGCCAUCUUCGCCCAAUACUGUCAGGACUCCAGCUUCUGGAUGGGCUUCGUCACCCCGUAGAAGCCCAGACUCAGUCAGGCCUUCGAGCUCCACCCAUCCCAUCCCCAUCGGCCCGCCCAGAAAGGGGCUCAAAAAGCUUCAAGAAGGCAAAGGGAAAGCGUUCCUCGGGCUUAAGCUCGAGCUUAGCCAGCUGUUCGAGCGCGCGGACUUUGUCCGCUUCCUCCAGCACCACUGCAAGCCCCUCUCCUCCAAGGCCGCCCCGGCCAAAACCUCGAAGUGGCAUCAACAUUGCAUGAGGGUAGCUCGGAGGUCGGACAUAUGGCGUCGGUUUGAAGAGCUGCAGCAAAGGCAAAGGCGUCAGCUGGGUUUGCCGACCGUGGUUGCUAUGAGAGGUGCAUAUGAGUUGUUUGCUUUCCGGGACGUGGAAGUCUUUGCUGUGAAGGAAUGCAAGCGAGGGCAGAAGCAUGAGUCUUGUCCUCUCAUCUCUUCAACCAUCACAAGCAUACACUCCCUCGACAUGCACUUCCUUGCGCUCUUGUUGAUCCUUUCCGCCCUCGUUGCCAAUGUUGCUGGUAUGCGUAGUGGGCCUGGGGCUCUUCCUCCUGGGCACGAGCGCAUCUAUGGUCAGCGUUACAAUCGACACGACGAACCUGUCUGGGACGUGCAAGAGUCCUCCCCAUCACGACCUUCGUCGCCGAACACUGACGCCAUUGGAAUAACCGCUUGGCAGAUCAGGCAGGCACAGCGUACUGCUCCCACUGCUCGAACUGCCCGACCACGUAGCCCCUCUCCCGACGGCGGAUCUACUCCUCGCAACUUCGCCACACCACUGCCCACCCCGAGCCCGCCACGCUCUGAACAGCGGCGCAAAAAGGGCUUUGGUCUGGGCAAGCUGCUUGGUUGUCUGACCUGUGGAAAGCCUGGUACAUCUGGAUCACCUGGAAACAGUGGUCGUCGUCGUUACGCUUCGCCUGGUGCGAGCCCUCGGAGCAGUCCUUCGCGGCAUGGAAGCAGGCGCCCAAGUGGUGGCGGUAGCCCGGGCCAUGUUUCCGUUGCUGCUUCGCCUGAGUCACAGUACUACCACGCCGGCUCGAGUGGAGCAUGGCGUCCAUGGGGUGAAUGA